AUGGCAUGUGAUAAGAAGAAAAAGAAAUCCAGAAGUCGGAGUCAAAGCCAGAGCCGAGAUCGUGAUAGAAAGAGGCGCUCCAAAUCACAUGAAAAGAAGAAGCGUUCCAAGUCUCGCUCUCGCUCGAAGGAUCGCAAGCAAAAAAAGAGGAGCAGCAGUCACUCACAUCGAAGUCGAAGUCACUCUCGAGAUCGAAAAAACCCACGAGGUCAUCGUACAAGGUCCCGUUCUCCCAUCAGGGCAUAUACUCCUCCAAACUGGACUCGCAGGCGAGACCGCAAGUCCAUAUCCCCAUUUCGGUCCUCGUGGAGUGAUGGCUAUAAGAUUGAUCCCAAGACUGGGGUCAUGUCACUUGCCAACAUCAGGUAUGGUUCUGACAACUUGACCCCUGAAGAGAGGGAUGCACGCACAGUCUUCUGCAUGCAACUUGCUGCUAGGGUUCGACCACGUGACCUGGAAGAAUUCUUCUCAUCUGUUGGCAAGGUCAGAGAUGUGAAGCUCAUCACAGAUACCAAGACUCGUCGCUCCAAAGGCAUUGCUUAUGUGGAAUUUGUGGACAUCGAGUCUGUUCCUUUGGCAUUAGGUCUGUCAGGACAGAAACUGUUAGGGGUCCCCAUACAAGUGCAGCCAACACAAGCUGAGAAGAACCGAGCUGCCAUGAAUGCAUCAGCCCAAGCCAAUGUGAGCAAGCAGAUUGGCCCUAUGAAGCUUUACGUUGGAAGUCUACAUUUCAACAUCACAGAAGCCAUGCUCAAAGGCAUCUUUGAACCUUUUGGCAAGAUUGAUGCUAUUCAAUUGAUCAUGGACCCGGAAACUGGGAGAUCCAAGGGAUAUGGCUUUGUCACGUAUCACAAUGCAGAAGAUGCAAAGAAGGCAUUGGAGCAGUUGAAUGGAUUUGAGCUGGCAGGUCGUGCUAUGAAAGUUGGGCAUGUGACAGAAAGAGGUGAGGGAGGUGGAGGAGCAUCCUUCCUUGACAAUGAUGAGUUGGAUCGAGCUGGGAUCGACCUUGGAGCCACAGGCAGACUCCAACUGAUGGCCAAGUUGGCUGAAGGGACUGGAUUAGAAUUACCUGCAGCUGCUACAUCAGCUUUGAACAUGACAGCCAGUGGAUUGAUUGGGAAUGGCACUUCUGCUAUGCCUGCUCCUCCCAUUGCCACUCAGUGCUUCAUGCUCUCAAAUAUGUUUGAUCCUACCUCGGAGACCAGACCUGGAUGGGAUGCAGAGAUCCGAGAUGAAAUCAUAGAGGAGUGCAACAAGCAUGGGGGGGUGUUCCACAUCUAUGUUGACCAGUUGUCACCUCAAGGAAAUGUCUAUGUCAAGUGCCCUACAAUUGCCUCUGCUGCUUCAUGUGUCAAUGCUCUCCAUGGACGUUGGUUUGCUGGGAGGAUCAUCACAGCUGCCUAUGUGCCACUCAUCAACUAUCAUAACUUGUUUCCGGAUUCUCUGAGUGCAAAUCAGUUGAUCAUGGCAUCACGAGGGAAUUGAUCCCUCUCUCUCUUUCCCCUUGUCCCUGGACCUGGAUAUCAUCUGCAAACUACAUAGAAUUCAUAUGAGAGAUCCGUUUGUUGGUGUAUUUUAGCAAAAUGGCAAGAGUCAAUGACGUGAUUUCCCUCUCCUAUUGCUCUUAUCUUGAGCACAGUCACACACAUUCUUCUUUGUACAAAGACCUUGUGAGAAUGAUGGGAUCAUUCUGAAUGAAGUUGUUGAUGAAAAUGCCUC